UUGAUUCUUUCCUCUGAGCAGGGUUACCAGUUUCCAAGCCUGAGGUGAUGUCCCAGCUGGAACGAGGGGAAGAGCUGUGGGUCUCCGAUCUCCAGGGCUCUGAGGAAAGAGAGAUCCUGAGAGGAACCUGUCCUGGAGAUGGUGGGAUGGUGAGUGAGAACGGGGAGCAGAAUCCACAGCAGGAAGAGGCUGAGCAUGUGGAACCGCACUGGGAAGUAUCACAAAGAACGAAGGGGGACAUGUCCAGGAGUCCUGAGGAGAGGCAGCAGGGAAACCAGCCAGGGGAGAAAAUGGGCAAAUCCAUCAAUUGUGAGGAAAAUCUCAAGGACCUCCAGGAAACCACAGCCCAGCAGAGAAUCCUCAUGGGAAAGAGGAAAAACAUAUGCCCAGAGUGUGGGAAAAACUUCAGUAAACGCUCAUACCUUAUUCACCAUGAGCGAAUCCACACAGGAGAGAGACCCUAUGAAUGCUGUGAGUGUGGGAAAAACUUCACUCGGCGCUCAGACCUUAUUAGACACCAGAAAACCCACACAUGCGAAAGCCCCUAUGAAUGCUGUGAGUGCGGGAAAAGCUUCAUUUACUGCUCAGACCUGAGGAGACAUCAGAGGAUCCACAGGAGACAGAGACCCUAUGAAUGCUGUGAGUGUGGGAAAAGCUGCCAUCAGGGGUCACACCUUAUUUAUCAUCAGAGAAUCCACCAGGGAGAUAAACACUAUAAAAUCCUUGUGUAGGGCUGGCAAAGCAUACAUUUUUCUUUAAUAUUUUUGGUACUUCCCACAUGUGGCCUUUAAGGCUGUUAGUGCCAUUUACUUCAUUGUGAUCUCAGCUUCCGCAGGUGAGUUGUGUGGUUCUGCUUUUUGUAGCUAAUCCCUCUUCUUCGAUACCUGGAAUGAGACUGGAACAUACUGUUAAACAUUCUCUUUGUAAACACCUGGAGAAUAAAAGCUUUAUAAGAAUAGUCAGUAUGGAUUUGUCCUGAACAAAUCAUGCCAAACCAACCCGAUUUCCUACUUUGACAAGGAGAUUGGCCUAGAGUAUUACAGAGAAGCAGUAGAUUUCCUGUAUCUUCAUUUUAGUACAUCCUUUGACACAGUCCCACAUGCCCUUCUCAUAGGGAAAUGGGGUCUCGAUGAAAUUAUUAUAAAGUGAGCGUUCAAAACCGGUUGAAAGAUCAUACUCAAUCUGCAGCAAGGGCGAUUUAGGUUAGGUAUUAGGGAAAAACUUGUAAGAGCAAGGGUAGUUAAGCGCUGGAAUGCACUUCCAAAGGAGGUUGUG